GUUGCCAUGGUAGCGGCGGACGCGGCCUACUCCUCUUCCUCUCGCUCCUCCCGGCAAUGGACGUUUACCGGCCGCGCUAUUACACCCCGAAGGAGGUGGAGGUGCACAACCGGCCCUGGGACCUCUGGGUCUCCUACAUGGGGCGGGUCUAUGACCUCAGCCCCCUGGCCGAGGCCCACAAGGGUGAUAUCUUAUUGAAGCCUAUCCUAGAAGCAGCGGGGAAAGACAUUACCCACUGGUUCAACCCCAAAACCAAAGACAUACAGACACACAUUAACCCUCUAACAGGAUGCCUCAAGUACUACACCCCACAAGGUCGCUUUGUGCACAUCCCACCUCCUCUGCCUCGUACAGACUGGGCCAAUGACUUUGGCAAGCCCUGGUGGAGAGAUAACAACUACGAGGUGGGCAUCUUGUCUGCCAAAACCAGACGCAUACGGAUCAUCAACACUCUGACCUCUCAGGAACAUACCCUUGAGGUUUGUUCCGAGGAAUCCAUGUGGGAGAUCCUUCGGCGGUACUUGCCCUUCAACGCCCAUGCGGCCAGCUACACAUGGAAAUAUGAACGCGUCAACCUAGACAUGGAUAAGAACCUGCAGCAGAACAACAUUCCAGAUGAGGACGAGGAGUUCUACAAUCUCUACAUGGACGCUGAUGCCUUCACCCCAGCCAUCCUGCUCUACUUCAACGAUGACCUCACUGAGUUCUAGGUAACCCCAAAAUGGAGAAGGAACUGGUCCCAUCUCCAGCCAUGCUGCCCCCCACCCCCACCCCAGCAGCCCCUCAUCUAGCUUGCUUAUUUAUAAGAAUAUUUAUAAGCCACCAACUCAUUUAAAAAAAUGCAUCAUGUCCAAUAAAACCUUUCAAACGCUGUAAAAUUCUAAAAUCGUAAGAUACAGAACACUUGGUUAAACCAGAACAGCAGGGAGAAACAAGCUUCCUCCAUCUUCUCAAGGGGCUGUGUCACAUGGAAGAUGAAGAAAGCUUGUUUUCUCCUGCUCCAGAGGGUAGGACUUGAACCAAUUGAUUCAAGUUGCAAAAAAUGAAAUUCGAACUCAACACCAGGAAGAACUUUCUGACAGUAAGAGCUUCUUCAACAGAAGAAUGGUCUCCCUCAGGAGGUGGUGGACUCUCCUUCUUUUGAGGUUUUUUUAAGCAGAAGUUGGAUGACCAUCUGGCAUGGAUGCUUUAAUUGAGAGUCCUGCAUUGCAGGGGCUGGACUAGAUGACCCUUGGGGGUCCCUUCCAACUCUACAACUCCAAUUUAGGCGCUUGCCUGAUUUUGAUAGUUCCAAAAUAUAUUCAUUUAUUUGAUUUAUGCUCCACCUUUCCUCCAGAGUGCCCCAGGUAGCAUACAUGGCUUUCCCCUCCCCAUUUUAUCCUCACAAUAACCCUGUGAGGUAGGCUAGACUAAAUGUCAGGGACUGGCCCAAAGUCACUCGUGUGAGCUUCCUGGUUGAGUUGGGAUUUGAACCCUGGGCUCCCAGGUCCCGUCUAGGGCUGGGCGAUAUCUGGUUUUCAGCAUCUUAGUAUAUCACCAACUAAACAUCUCGAUAUAGCGUUACAUCACAAUGUCCGAAAUAAAGAUGCAGCUACGGAGAGGCAUUGCCUGGCUUCACAGAUUUUCCCACAUUGUGAUUUUUGCAUAGCACACACAUUUCCUUACAACUCAUUAAGGCUGCUAAUUACUCAGAUGGGAGAGAUACCUGGGAUACUGAGGAAAGAACCCUGGGAGGAGGGUGAAUAGUGUAAGGAGUCUACAUUUGGGGACAGCCAGGUUGUUGCCCUUCCUCUGCUAAAAAACCUUUUGAAUGAAUCUGUGAGAGCUUCAGUAAAUGUGUUUCUCAGCCAGAAGAACACCCCCAGAUUCUGUGUUCGCAAAGAGGCCACACCCUGCUUUUCCUCCAUUGAUCAGGAAGGCGUUUCCUCUUGGCCCGCCUUGCAACUGGUUACCCAGAAGUCAGCAACAGAGAUGGAAAAUGGCGUUUGUGAAAAUUCACUCUAGACUCAAGAUGAUGAAGCUCCUGUAUUUCAGGAAAACUUUCUGGGUAGGAGGUGCCACAGAAAAAUAAAAGCCUUUUGUACAAACAAGACACAGUGCUAAUAUUGAGGAGAAACGAGAACAUGAGAGUCAACAUGGGCUUGUUGAUCCAGUAUGAGGCCUGUACAAGGGCACUCUUGGGCCAGUUUGGUAUUUGCUGGAAAUGAAGGUGUACCAAGAAAUGAUAAUUUUACAUGAAUGGACUCCUGGAAAAGGAUUUCACCAACCUUGGGUUGCAUCCACCCUAGAGUUAGGAGCCUUAUAAUAUGUAAGCAGUUUAGGACGUAUCCACUAGAUGUCAGCAGUGGCUCAUCAAGCAGCCAUUUUGAGGUCUGUACCGCAACCCUUGAAAUGGUUUUAAAUAUAGAAUAAUGACUCUAACAUUCAGUGGUUGAUUAUUCUGCAGGGUCAUAGCCAAUGGGAGAAGCACUGCUUCUCAUUUGGAGCAGGACACACUCACUCCCGCUCGCCUUUCCCCAGAGCCUUUUGAAAUUCAAACUUUGUUAUUAAGCCUACUAACAUCCUCUGGCUGGUGGUUUUUUUUUUAAAAAAAAUGUUUUUGUUAAAGAUUUUCUUGGUUUACAAAAAUACAUGCCUUGUCUCUUUUUCUCAGGUUGUACAGUCUUCCUUACAAAUCAGUUACAUUUGUUAUGCGACAUUAGUGAUGGGGAAGAAGAGGGGGGAGAGGAGGGGGUGGUGGUGAGGUUUAUAUUCUUUUGUAUAGUGCAUGUGUGGCGUUUUGUGCCAAUGUCCACUGGGUAGGUUCUCUUUCUAUUUGUCUAUUGAAUUUCCUUGGUAGUGAGAGGUAUUGGUGGGCAGGGUGUGGCUGGUUGUCUGUGGUUGUCUGCAGUGGGGUUUGUUUGCAUUUGUGAGAUGGGGAGGGCUUGUUGGGUCAUCCUCUGGCUGUUGAGAAUCUGGGGAGUCCUGGGCUCAAAUCCCCACCCAGCCAUGACGCUCAGGGUGACCUUGGGUCAAUUGUUUUAGCUCAACCUAACCUACACCACAGGGUUGUUGUGAAGGUGGUAGGAGAAGAACCAUGUAAAGUCACAUUGAGCUCCCUGGAGGACAAGCAUGAUAACAAUGUAAUAAAUAAAACACAGACUCUGCAGUAGUCUUUGCCUCCACAUGUUUUGGGCUGCAGCUUCCAUCGGCCCCAGCCAGAAUGUGCUAGCUAAGAUUGAUGGGAAUUGUAGUCCAAAACAUCUGGAGGGUAGCAGGUUGGCAAGGCUAACGUAGAAGCAAUACCUUUAUUAUGGCACAAAAAGGAGACCAGUUAGAAUUCCAGCAUCUUCUAAUACUGCUGCAUUAGUUGGGGUAAAUGGCCAAAAUUCUCCUCUUUCAAGCUCAGAAUUCAUACACAGACAGCACAAUCCUAUAUGUGUUUACACAGAAGAAAGUCUCCGUGGAACACACGCUGCCUGAUCUUUAGGAUUGCAGGAGAAAUCUGCUUUGUCAUCCCGCAGAUACAAAAUAAACCUGUAUUUGUAGAGAAGCUAAAUCUGUAUUCACAUGUGCUAAUGGAAAAAUGAUUUCUGUUCCCAGAAUGUCCACUAUUUUUCAUAUAUAGAAGUUGGGAAGAUAGUGACCCUUCUCCCAGCUGAGAGUAUGAUUUUUCUCCCUUUCCAAUGCCUCCAUGAUUGCCACCAAGCAACACAAUUUUUGUUUCUUUUCUCUCAUAUAGAAAAUAAGUCUCAAUUUAUUUAACUUUUUAAAAAGAGACAGUUCUUCAGCUUUGAAAAGACAGAAUUUAAAAUACACAUAAUUGCUAAAAGAAUUCCCAGCUCAUCCAGGUCCCCUAAGUGCUUCUUCUAGUCAAGAAGGUGUUAUGUUGCUUCUGAAGUACUGUUUGUCAGACCUCUGAAGGAGAUGACUCUUCUUUUGGAAGCAGCCACUCUGGACAUCCCUCUCCCUUUAUGUGCUUUUGCUGUUCAAGCAUGCUGCGUUGAGGUUGCUAAUCAAAAAAUAGUUCUUAGCAAAUUGUUGAGAUCUGGAUGGAACACACACAGAGAGAAAAGGAAAUAUCAAACACCAGUCCCGGAAUAUGGGGGUAAGAACAUCUGUGGAUCAUGCGGGGACAUCCAGUGCGGCAGAAAAGGAAAUGCUUAGAGCCGAGUCAAGCUAGACUCAGGGGAUCAGGGAGGCCUGUGGUGAGCCAUAACCCCUCCAGUGAGUGCACUUGUGUGAUAAUUGCUUUGGUGGGAGAGACAGUAACAGCUGGGCUCCCUGCUUGCUAACCUGUGUCUGUAGGCAAAGUGAUGGUGGUGCUUUGAGUGUGUGAGUUGCUGGGAGAGAGUUGCUUUAGAAGAAGAGCAUGACAGAACUCAGGGGAGGCUAUCGAAAAAGCAAACCCAGCCUCUUAGCUUCUAAAGGGCACAGUUAAGUUUAAGAAAUUUUGUAUUUUUGUUGUUGUUUUUAGUGUUUAUUGGUUUUUGUUAUUUGUUGUGUUUUGUUUUUAUUAGAUGUUUUUUAAAAUAAUAAAAAUAAAUUGAAAUAAAUAAAUAAAUAAAAUAAAGGGCACAGCCUACCCAGUCUCAGAUACUUGGGAAUGCUAUGCUCAGACUCGCUUAGUGCUGCAGGACUCAGAAAUGGAAGAACCAUGUUGUUCUUUUGUUGUUGUUUAAUCGUUUGGUCGUGUCCGACUCAUUGUGACCCCAUGGACCAGAGAACACCAGGCACUCCUGUCUUCCACUGCCUCCUGCAGUUUGGUCAGACUCAUGUUGGUAGCUUCGAGAACACUAUCCAACCAUCUCGUCCUCUGUCGUCCCCUUCUCCUAGUGCCCUCCAUCUUUCCCAACAUCAGGGUCUUUUCCAGGGAGCGUUUUCUUCUCAUGACGUGGCCAAAGUAUUGGAGCCUGAGCUUCAGGAUCUGACCUUCCAGUGAGCACUUAGGGCUGAUUUCCUUCAGAAUGUAUAGGAAGAACCAUAGAUGAUUCCUAUGCUUAGCACAAAAGGAAUGUAAGGAAUUCACCAGCUGCCAAAUUGCUACAUGGCAAAGCUCAAGGUGUUACUAAUCUAUAUACAGUAUAUAAAAAUGUAAACUGGCCAUGUCCGUUAGUAUCCACGUUUCACCAAAACCGCUUGACCGAUUGCGUUCAAAGUUUGACACAAUGCUGCAUGCGAAUAUGAGAGCAAGCCCAUACCUUUUUCAAAGACAGAUGUCACGCCUGUGCCACGUAAAAACCCCAAACCCCAUGUUUCAAAACACACCACUCAGACGAAAAUGCAUUCUGGGAAAAUAACCAGGUUGCAAACCAGCGUCCUCUAGUGGUGGCUACGCUGGUACUGCACCUAUAAAACCUUCCUUCUCAACAGCACCUUGGCUCUCGUUUACAUACCGUACUAGGCCGAAGCCUUUACAGACUAGGCCGAAUGGAGGUACUGACUCGCCUGGGUGGGGGUUGGGGAGAGGAGGGGACGGGAUAGGUCAGGACAUGGUGGGACCAGUCACUGGG